AUGGUGCCCGAGAAGCAGUUCGAAUCACGUCCACUGCUGUACGACAAUGAUCUAACAGCCAUGCUUGACGAACUUGAGGUCGGCAACGAAGAAGCAUAUCGAGAAAUACUCAGACUCCCACCGCUUGAAGGGAAGAAGAAACCCCGCUUGGCAUACUCGAGGAACUUCUUUGCCAGUCUGGAAGACAUGAGUCGCUACUGGGACCAUAGUAAGGACAACUAUUACGAGGUUGAAUCCAAUGUCGGGGAUGAUCCGACGAAAGACACGGAGCAGAAGACUGAUAAGGUCGAGAACCGUCUCAACAACGCAAAUGACGUUGAGAUGCACGACCCUAUCGAGAAUCCACAGCCUUCUGGCCAAGCAGUUGAGCAAGCGGCGACGCCCAACCUUUCAUCUGACAGCCCAGCAACUAUGGCCACUGUGGAGAUGCCUAGUCGCCCGAAAAUGAAGCAGGUGUACAAGGGACAGCGACUCGGUAACGGCGAGCAGAUGAGCCCUGGCACACGAGUUUCAGCAGUGAGGAACCUCUUGAAAAUGGCCGUCCACAAGUUCAACUGCCGAGAUUACGACGUGAGCCCGCGAGAGAAGUUGAGAAUUUACAACAUUAAUAUACCUUCGGUAUCGUAUAACUUUUGUGUUGCCAAACUACCGGCGGAUACGAAGCUUCUGCGGGCGAGGAUGGUGGAAGGGCCGGUCCUUGCAGUUCACUGCAGACACGAGGUAAGGUUCAAGUCCAGAGAAGGGCUCCUGGAUCCGACGAGUGAUUUUGUGGGUGAGAGAUUUGAUCUGUUCCGCGAAAUCGGCGGUCUGUUGAUGCUCGCCAAACAAAGGGCAAGGGAAGGACAGACACUAUCUAAAGAACCGAGCGAGAGUCACUGGUGGGCAACCAAGAGCCGCUGGGGUGGAGGCGAGACGAGAUGGGGCCAGCUCGCCAACGAAGUGCUUGAGGACGAAGACCCAAGCUGGAGUCCGGAAGAAAGGCGGCUGCAAUUGGAAAAGCGGGAGAAAGAAGAAGAGGAGCGAAGAAAAGCAGAGGCUGCCGCUGCGGCCGACUUGAAAAAUCAGAAACCGGAAGAUCUAAUGUCCGGUCCGUCGUCACCCAGCGAGAGGCCGAAAAAGAAGAAGAAAAGUGGCGAAGCGGGUGUAUCUCCCAAAGACAGGGCUGAGUAUAAGGACGGCAAGCGGUUGAUGUAUGUCCCGCCCUUACGGCGGAAAUGGCAUCAGGAGUGGGUGAAAGUCCGCCCAAACGGCCCUUAUUGGGAUGAGAAGUUGAUCCAUCGGAGAAUUGGCAAGCGAAGUCGAGAGGAAGGGACGGAUGGCUGGGACGACGUUUUCAUGAUAUCGGCCGCAAACCAUCACGCCUGCAUCUUGAAGAUGAGCGUGCAUGAGGAUUAUCUGGACUGGCUGGAGACUGGCAAGGAAAGGGGAUCACGGUCCAUGUCGCAAGAGAGUACAAGCAAGACCGGUGUGGACCAGAGGAAAGAACACUUCCUCUACGUCAGCCGGAGCCCUUGGCUGGAUCUGUUCGACAUUGAGCAGAGAAAGGAAUUGCUGAUCGGUAUAUGGAGGGUUCUGAGCUGGAUAAACCGACACGAGGUGCCGAGAGCGGAGGUGGAGAAGAUGGAAAUACUCAAAGGAUCGCAGAGCCAACAGCGGGAAGAUCAGAUUGGAGACCACCAAAUGGAGAUCUGA